GGGAGGUGUCGUUGCAAAAGACAAUCAGUGCGAGAUUAAAAGAAAGCAAUAACUCCUCGCCGCUGGUCAGAAGGCGCACACGAGUGAAACGUCGAUACAGUAUGCGGUCCCUGGUCUUUUGCCUGGUCCUAAUUUACUCUGUUGACAUGGUCAUCGAGGAAAAGAUGAGCGACAUCACAGCGGCAGUGGGAGAGAACGUCACGUUGUCAUGCGAAGGAGCCACAAUGAAUCAGGGAACAUUUGAGUGGACGAGAUCUGAUCUGGUUCCACCUUAUAUCUACGUGGUCCAGGAUAACUUUGAGUCAAACGACGGACAAAAUCAUAACUACAGCAAAAGAACGGCGGUGUUCAAACAACAGUUCAAGCACAAAAACUACUCACUGCAACUGCUGGGAGCCAAAGAGUCAGACACGGGGGACUACAGAUGCAGCACCUUUUCAAACAGUAGCGUCCUACCACUAUCUGUCAUCAGACUCAUCGUUCGCCCAGCUGACGGACCAAUGAAAAAGACAACUGAAAACGGUAACGGCAAAAGCCCACCAGACACGUGGGGUAUCCCGGUCGGUGUAGUUAUCGUGGUUGUUGUGCUCCUUGUAUGUGGGGUUGGUCUUGCCUGCAGCCGUUGUAAAAUCUGGAGGAAGUCGAGAGGAAAGCUGAGUAAACAAAUCCUCGAGAAGAAGAGCAGGAACAACAAGCCUGGGGAAGAAGCCCCACCUCCACUGUUGACUGAGAUGGACGGCAAAAUGGACCAAUAGGGGUCAGGAUAAUAUAUCUUCACCAGCGGGUUCCUGAUACCAUCUGAAGUUACACAAGGGAGUAAAGUGUCUCUGCAAAAGAAGAGAACCGGUGGCGACAUUAAGAGAAAGUCACGACUCCUAAACGUCUGGUCAGAAGACGCACAUGGUACGCGACAGUUUGUUCAACAUUCUACAUUUAUUGUUUCAUAAGCUAAUGUGCUAGUUUAGAGAGGGCAUUGGUACUAGUUUUAGUUGGUGAGCCACGUGGCGAACUACGUCCUCAUGGACACUAAAAGGUAUUUUUGAUGAUCAAAUGUGACAUUUACCUCAUUUCAGUUUGUCACGGUGUUGGAAGUUGUGGAAGACAACAACACGCGUGUCAAACAUCAGUGGGAACGUGGUUUUGUCUGUAGCAGAAGGAAAACUUUGGGAGUAGUCACACUCCCACUUUCAAACCUCUGCAAAUGAUGCGGAACGCGGUGGCGCGUCCCUCCACCGGCUCCCAGCUGCUCGUGUAACGGAGUUCAAAAAUGCCCCUAAUUAAUUUCGUUAUUUCCAGUUAGUAUUUUUGAAUGUAUCAUUUAACAAUUCUGGCAAGUAUGUGUGAAUUUUAUCUCGCUGAGUUAUUAUUCUAAUGUACGGGUGUUGGUAUUCCCUGGGGAAAUGUUACUUCAUGUCACUCCUCUGCGCCUCCUGCUGCUGCCGUAGCUUCUGCCCUCUCCUCACACCGCCGUAUUGCACUGAUGAGGAGCAGAGGUGCAGAGGAGGUCUGUGUUGCAUUUUUCUUCUCAAGAUAUGGGUUUUCCUUGUUAAAUGCUAUCAUUUCUGUUGUCUCUGUUCGCACACACACACACACACACACAAAUAUACAGAUAACUACAUACACAUAUGAGACACACACUAUUUAUUACUAUUGCUGCUUUUUUUGUUGUUAUUUUAUUACUAUUGUUGCUGCAGUGUUCAGGAGCCGAAACACAAGAGUUGUACUCUCUUAUACUUGUAUAUUGAGACGUAAGAACUAAACAAUCUUGAAUCUUGUUCAGUAACCCAACCCCCAUGCACCUUUUACUUCGCCCACCGGGUGGCACUGUUUUCCCCUUUGCAUAUUUUUCAGUUCAAUUUAAGUUUUGAAGAGGAACGACUUAAAACGUUGUCGUGAUGAUGUGAGAAUGACAUCUUGACAGUGCCGUAUUGCACUGGUGAGGAGCAGAGAGGGGUGCAGAAGAGAUACCCCAAAAAUGGGUUGUGUUUGUCUUCUGCAGAGCCAAUAAAUGCUGAGGAACAGUCGUUGACAGUUGCCUCCUUCUGUGCCCUAUCCACGUCCACUACACUGGUGCUGAGAUCCGGUUGAAACCGUUACACUCGCUUACAAAACAGCAACUAAAACGGCUCCCGCCUACCUGAACUCCCUCAUUCGGGUCCACACUCAGUCCCGCUCACUCCUAGUGAGAGCGCCGCUCUGCCAUCGGAAGGCACCCGGCACGUCCGCCACAACGGGGCCCUAGGUCACGAGCCAGACUUGUCUCCUCUGUGGUUCCCCGGUGGGGGAACGACUUACCAAACUCCAUUCGAUCCGCUGAGCUCCUCUCCAUCUUUAAGGAGAAGCUAAAGACCCAGCUCUUUCUCCAACACCUCCACACCGGAUGGUAUUUUUUAAAAAGUCUCUUCUACGCACCCUACAGUGCAUCCGGAAAGUAGUCACACCCCUUCACUUUCCCCACAUUUUGUUAUGUUACAGCCUUAUUUCAAAAUGGAUUAAAUUCCUUUUUUUUCUCAUCAGUCUACACACAAUACCCCAUAAUGACAAAGUGAAAAGGGUUUUGUAGAAAUUUUGGCAAAUUUAUUAAAAAUAAA